AUGUUUAGCGUUCGUGCGAGUUACUGCUGGAAACGAUAUCGUCUUAUUUUUUAUUUAUUUUCUGUUCCUUCUUUCUUUGGUGGGGAAGGCGACCUGCACGUCGUCUCACGACUCACAUGUUAUAUCCUAUGUGUUGGGUGUAUGUGUUCCCUCUCCUCCAAGAAACACCUCCUUGCGCACGCAUUCAGCGUCAUUUCUUCUUCUUCUUUUUGCUGCCGUUGA